AUUACACAAAGUAAGCCGUGUUUUUUUGCCCUAGUGGAGGCAGCUAUCUCAAAAAUUGAAACGUCUUCAUCCACACAACGAUAUAAUACGACCGCUUGACAAUACAACAAUCUAAGGAGGAACCAGCUUGAGCAGAAUAAGUACUUAAAAGUUAAAAAUUAAUUUGAUCGCGAACGUGUUAUGAUGGAGUUACAUAUUAUAAUUAUUUUGCUUUACGUCACAUUCGUAACUGAUGUUGUAAAAGCGUCUACUAAGUUGAGUUGCGCCGCUUCGCCAGGCAUUCCAGGGAUCCCUGGUGUCCCAGGAAAUGCUGGAAGGGAUGGCUUACCAGGAGCUAGUGGUCAACCUGGGCUAAAAGGAGAGAAAGGGGAGAAAGGUGGCGAUGACAUUGAUCUAGCGAUGUCGACAUGGAAACAAUGUGUUUGGAAAAGGUAUGAUACAACAUCUGAUGGCUUGAUACAGAACUGUAUUUUUCAUAAGAGAUAUGAUAACACGUCCUUGAGAGUAUUCUUUGCUGGAAACCUUCGUGCUGUAAAGGCAGGAGUCAAUAACUGUGCUCGAUGGUAUUUUACAUUUAACGGCGCAGAAUGUGCAAACCCAGCAACUAUUGAAGGUCUUGUGUACCACGAACACGGCAGCAAAGAUGACCCUUUUCGUCAUCGGCAUAUUGAAGGCUACUGCGAUCAGAUCCCAAAAGGCCAAAUACACGUUGGAUUCUUUGUGGGAAAGUGUGAAGUAUUCGAAAUUGGAUACGUGUGUACUGGCUGGCGAUCCAUUUCGCGCGUAGUUAUUGAAGAAGUUCCGCCUCCUCAACCGUAAACUUUCGAAGUUGCUAAGACUGCAAAAAAGGAGAUCCGUAGUCCAUGUGUGAAACAUUAUGCCAUGUUAUUUUUACUUUUUAAGUAUACUAUACUAUACUAUGCUAUACUAUACUAAUAAAUAUUUAAUAUCAUAUAGAGUGGCGCAGGUUCAAUCGCAAUGCGCAUAUUGUUUUUGAUAAUUUGAUGUAUUUGAGUAUAUUUUUAUAUUAGUAGGUGUUGCAGCGCCGUAGCUAAACCGCUUAAUUAGGGGGGGGGGUGUAUAUUCAUAUAUUCAUGUUUAUAUACCAUAGCAGCAAUAGCAUACGAAAGAAAUCAUUCGGGCAUAUGACGAAUAUAUGAAUAUGAACCCCCCCCCCCAAUUAAGCUUCUAGCUACUAGCCCUGAGGUGUUGUACAGUUUUUGACAUAAGCUCUUGUAAAAAUAUUGAAAAAGAAACCGCACGGGAAUUGUGAGCAAAAGUGCACGGCAGGAAAUCCAAAUUCAAAAUGAUGGCAAAUAUUUAAUUGGUGAAGCAUUUAACUGGUAAAAGGGAAUUAAGGUGGCUUCCUAGAGUUUUGGGAAAGUUGCAUUGAAUGUAUUGAAAACUAUUUAUAGAAGCCGUUGCAAUGGCAACAGUGACGUUUCAAUAUGGCCAUGCACCAAUUAUCGUUAAAUUACGAUUAUUUCACAAACGAAAUGUCUUCUUUUUCUACUGAACGUUUUGCCAGAUGGUUAUUAAUUGACAGGAUAAUUUUAGGAAAAAGUUAUCGAUACCCAAAAAAAUUAAAGUACG